AUCGUUUAGAGGUACAACACAGACCACCAUGGUAAACAAAGUCAUUCUCUCGACCUCAUUGGUCCUACUGGGCCUCUGUUUGGCAGCUCAGAAUGUAUCUGCAAGAAAUCAUCAACCAGCAGCGGUUUCCCCAGCACAGCAGUUCGUUGAUUCUCUUCCCGAGAGUUAUGCGACCAUGUUUUUGAAUUACUAUCUCGGUGUUGGCUUGGAGCAGCGCAAUCCAAAAUACGUUAACCAACGUUCUAAUGACAAUCUCUUCAUUAUUCUUGUGAAACUGUUCCAACCUCCAAAAGAUUUCGCCGAAAAUCUAUUAAAUUUCGUUGAGGCUACCUUCAAGCUUACGGAUGACGAUGUCUACAGGCUUGCUAGGGAUAAUACAGUAUGUACUCCGGCAGGCGAAUGCUUCAACCCGGGAGAUGUCGGAACCAUUUGCUGUCCAUUUUGAGCACCAACAGUGGCGUAACAUGAACUAAAUGAAAAGAAAUAAUGGUUCUAUAUCAGCAUUGUGGAGUAUACUACCAACAAAUUAUUUACUCCUAGCGGGUACUGAUGUUUUGCUUAAGGAAAAUAAAAUUAUAAAACUGAACUGUUUAUAAU